CUACGAAUCCAAACGUGCUGCUACUCUUCUGCAGCUUGACUUGAAUUCUCUGAUGCGGUGCAGUCAAAGGCGAUAUACGCCACUACGUCCGACGGAGCUGAAUAGUUCAGAAUAGUCACUGCUUGGCAAAGCAGGUACGAUGCAUGCGGCCAAGCCUCCGCAAAAGAAAUCAAGUCGAUCUAAAUGUCAGAAAGCUGUAUAAAUAUCGCCCUACGACGCUCCCCUGCCAUUCAGCAUCGCGACUCAUCCAUUCCUUCUCCCGGCCCUCCCUUUCUCCUUUCGUUCUUCGCUUGACAGUCAUUCCUUCCGAGUGUACCCUUCAUUCCUUUCACGAUGAGAGCAACCAUCUUGGCUACUAUUGCUUUGGCGGCCUGCAGUGCCGCCAGCCCCUUGGGCAAUGUUCCUCAGGCCCGUGGUGUGGCCGGAAAGCCCUGCGGCUGCGACUCGGACAAUGAGGGCAGCAACCCUGAGGUGCCAUCUUCUACUCCAGGAGUACCAUCUCUGCCCCCUUCCGAGACUCCUGCGCCUACCCCGAUUCCUGUUCCUAGCGGUGUCCCAACCAUCCCUGGUAUUCCCUCCGGAGUGCCUACUCCCACUGGCGUUCCUCCGGUACCUGGAAACCCUAAUGACCCCGAGGACCCGGAGGACCCUGAAGAUCCUGAAGAACCUCACAAGGGAGGUUGCGAUGACAGUGGCUGCCACGGAACCGGGCAUCUCAUCCAGGACCUGGGCCCCCAGGCCAACGACGUCCUGACUAUUGUCGGCCUGCACACUGAGAAGCUCUUGCUCAAGCUCAGCCCCGCUGUCGCUCACCUUUUGGCCGGUCUUGGCCUCGCUGGUGUGGGAGAGCCCGUUGGCGAGAUUAUCAAGAGCGCUGCCACCAUUGGCGAGCUCAUCGCCGACUUGGGCGACCCCGUUGAAUGCCUCUUGACCGUGGUCGGACAAGAUGGUGGAUACCUGUUAAUCGCGCUCAAACCCUCUCUUACCGGACUAAUUGCCGGACUCGGACUUCCCAGCAUCGCUCAGCCCGUGGGCAACAUCGUCGGCACCAUUGGUGAGCACCUCAAGCGCGACGAUGGACUCCUCGAAGAUCUAGCUCCCACCGUCAACUGCGUUCUUAAGAUUGUUGGCGAAGACUCCAAAACCCUCCUUGUUGCUUUGAGCCAGCCUGUCGCUGAUCUAGUCACUGGUUUGGGUCUCGGGCAGCUGGCUGAGCCGGUCGGUGAAGUCAUCAAGGCCGCUGCUACUGUGGGAGACCUUGUCUACGACUUGGGUGACCCUGCCGAGUGCAUCUUGACCAUCGUUGGUGAAGAUGGUGGCAUUCUGCUUGUUAAGCUUGCUCCAUCCGUCGCCGGCCUUAUUUCCGGGCUGGGACUGCCCGGCGUUGGUACCCCCGUUGGCCAGGUGGUGGAGACCCUUGGUGAGGCUUUGUAGAUCGUCCUCCCAUGCGCAUAUCUCCACACGGUAUGAGUGAGUUCACGCCACCAAAAGGACAGGUCUUCGACUAGAAAUAUCGAAUUCUCUGAGGACUAAUGUAUCCAUGUGUAUGUAUAAAUCAGUGUACAGUAGUAGAUAAUUUUAAUACUAUCAAAUUCAAGCCCGAA